GCACCAACCUUCUACCUGACUUGUCUCCGAGAGACCUGACCGCUGAGAGAGAGACAGAGAGAGAGAGUGAGUGACUUCCAUCUGUGCAUCUGUUAUUCAAUAACUUUCUGUUGCCUCUCCGAAUGUGUGUGAGUGUAGUGUGCUCGCGAUACCUCUGCUUAGCGUGUUGUACUUUCUAACUAACUGAUCUGACGAGAUCCUCAGGUUAGUCUGUAUUAAACGACUCAUAAAACAUCUCUCAAGUUGCUGUAGUAAUCUGUUAUACAAAUCGUAGCAAAAUACGAGAUAUCAGUUGUAAAACUACAGAAGUAAUAUCAGUUAUAAAACUAAAUAUCAGUUGUAAACUAAUAUCAGUUGUAAAACUCAUUACAGAAAACGGAAUACUCCACUAAAGACAAAUCUCCUACAAUCCUAUCUAUGUGUUCCUGGAUAAACUAUUCUCUGUAAGACUCUCCUUUCAUCUUGUGCGUGUGUUAUUCUACAGUGCUGGAAUUUGUUUAAGUGUUCGAACUGAAUUCUUUCUAGAUUGAUCUGUGAGAUCAGGCGAGUGUAUCUUCAUUGUAGAAAUUGUAUUGAAAUUCAGUUUGAGUUCAUCGUCACAGUGUGCGGUCUUCUUCAAACCUCAGGUUCUUCAGAUGAAAUGAAGUGACAUUGAUGGCAAUCGCAGAUCAUAACACAAUGGACAACCAACAGAACGAGUGUGCCCUGACCAUAGACAGUGCCUAUAAGCGCUAUGGAGUCAACAACGUUGUGCUCAAAGGACUCAACAUGAAUGUGCCACAAGGAGCCAUUUAUGGACUUCUAGGACCCAGCGGUUGCGGCAAAACUACGCUUCUGAAUUGUAUAGUUGGGAGGAUGAAUCUGGACUCUGGUCAAAUUCGUAUGCAGGCAAAGAAGAAAAGUGAUGUUGGAUAUAUGCCACAGGAUGUGGCGCUCUACUCGAAUCUGACAAUAAAGGAGACAUUCAAUUACUAUGGUGGCAUGUAUGGUAUGACUAUGGAAGAGGUUGACAACAGAUCAGAGGAAGUCAUAAAACUGCUUGAACUGCCAUCUGAUAACAGUAUUGUGGACACAUUGAGUGGUGGACAACAGAGAAGGGUUUCAUUUGGCGUAGCUCUACUUCAUGAUCCACAGCUAUUGAUUCUCGAUGAACCAACAGUUGGACUAGAUCCUCUACUAAGCCAAAGCAUAUGGGACCAUUUGAUGAAAUUAGCGGGUGAUCACAAGAAGAGUAUCAUUAUUACAACGCACUAUAUUGAAGAGGCAAGGAAUGCAAACAUUGUGGGCAUGAUGAGAGGCGGGUGCCUAUUGGCUGAGGCGCCUCCACUACAGCUGAUGUCCACCCAUGGUGCAGCCACGCUGGAGCAGGCAUUCCUCAGUCUCUGUCAAAAGCAGUACAGUUCGUCAGAGGAUGAGUUACAAGACCAAUCAAGCUACCCAACUGACGGACCUGUCUCAUCACCACUCAACGAAAACAGCCUCUUCUCAUGUUCUAGAUUUAAAGCUCAACUUGUAAAGAAUCUCCUAUUCAUGCUGCGUAAUAAACCAAUGAUGAUGUUUCUGUUCGGACUACCCCUACUCCAAUGCACUCUGUACAACCUGGCCAUAGGGAGGGAUCCCGAAGGGCUGAAGGUAGCCAUUGUUAACGGAGAACUGAAACACGGCCUCAAAGACUGCGCGCAAUAUCCACUCACUGGAUGCAACCUCGAUCUACCGCUCAGCUGUCGAUACAUCAAUCAAAUCAAAAUGAAAACUAUAAACCUUAUAGAAUUUGAUGAGCUGAGCGCAGCCCGCUCAACGGUGGAGCGGAACAAGGCGUGGGGUAUGAUCCAUUUCGCCUCCAACUACACGGAGGCCCUGAUGGAGCGCAUCAACUCCACCUUCGAGACAGCUUCCCCUUGGGCCAUCGACAACAGUGACGUCAGCGUCUGGAUGGAUAUGUCUAACCAAUACAUUGGAAAUCAAUUGAGGAAAGAUUUGAUCACCAGUUUUGUUGACUUCCUUCAAGGAAUCUACAGAGAUUGCAACUGGCCUGAGCAGAUCGCUGACAUACCCAUCAAGAUAGAAGAUCCAGUCUAUGGACCUCGAAAUCCAAGUUUCAUCCACUUUGCAUCACCAGCGGUUGUCAUUGUAUUUGAGUUCUAUCUUCCAAUGAUGUUCACUGUGGGUGUGAUCAUUCAGGAGAAAGUUGCUGGAAUAUUGGAGAGAAGCAUGGCAGCAGGUCUGACAGCUCUGGAAAUAGUGGCGGCGCAUUCAAUAGUGCAGGCAGUGGUGCUGUGUGUACAGACGGCUGUGAUGAUCAUUGUCAUGUACCACGUGUUCGACAGUCCAUUCAUAGGUGACUUCUAUUGGACGACGGGUCUGCUACUGCUGCAAGGGGUCUGUGGCAUGUGCUACGGUUUUCUUGUGUCAGUAUCCUCGGACUCCAUGACAACUGCAUCUAUGUUGGGCCUUGGAAGCUUCUUUCCUCUUAGUCUAACAAGUGGAAUGGUGUGGCCACAAGAAGGCAUGCAUACAAUCCUGAAAUCUGUCGGCUGGCUGCUGCCCCUAUCUCUCUCUACCGAAGCUAUCCGAGCUCUGACGGCGCGAGGCUGGUCGAUCUACCAUCCCACGGUUUACUACGGCUACAUUUCCACCAUUAUCUGGAUCUUCAUCUUUAUUCUGCUCAUUCGAUUAGUUAUCCUGUUCAGAGGACUGCGAGGAAAGUAAAUUAAUUUUCCAACAAAAAGUUGCUCAAAAACUAUCGCGUCACAAUGUGGGUGCUAGCUUGUUCUGUAUGUAACAGAAUCUUCCAUUCUGAAUAGUACAGAGAUUUCUAUUUAGAAUAGAAUUUCCUAUUCUGUAUAAAAUAGAAUCUUUGAUUUUAUGUGUAGAACAGAAUCUUCGAGUCGAUAUAUAGAACACAAGCUUUAAUUCUAUACUGUAAAGACUCUUGGGGCCGUUUGCACAGUCAAAGCUUAAACUCGAUUUAAUCAGCUGGUGGCUUAAACUCAAAAUGAAACACAUUAUAACAAACUAGAACUGAUACGGAUUUAAUCCAGUUUAAAAUGAAAUUUAGUUUCAACUGUCACUGUGCAACGGCCCUUAGAUUAAUUACCUCUAUAUCACAGAUUGAUAACUUUUAUUGAGGGCGGAGUUAGGACUCCUGGUCCUCUCUGCCACACAACUCUAAAUUCAGCCCAGAUUUACAGACAAGUGAAGUGCUCUCUCACCCUCUUCUCGGUGAUUCUAUAUAGAACAGAAUUUUCUAUUCUAUAUAAAAUACAAUCUUUGAUUCCAUGGGUAGAACAGAAUCUUCGAGUCAAUCACUUAGAACACAAGCUUUGAUUCUAUAUUGAACGGACUACUAUAUAUUCGAUUACAGACAAGAGGGGUGUAUUCUCUUCUCUGUUAUAUUCUCUCGUUUGUGACUGUAUAAAUAUAGAAUAUAUAUUGAUUCAUUGUGUUCUAGAACAGAGUUUUCCAUUAAUUCUAUUCCUCAGGGUAGAUUCUUGUUGUAGAUCAUUCCUGUGCUAUGAAGAAAUCGAAUGUUUAACAUAAUUUCUGACAUUGAAGAAAAUUGUAGAUUUUAUAAUGUAGUAUCAACCAUUAUUCUUUCUAUAACAUCAUCUUCCAUUCCGAGUAGAACAGGAUUGACCGCUCUGUUCCAGAUAGAAAUUAUUCCAUUCUAAAUAGGCUGGGGAAGAUUUUUGUUGUACGGUAGUAUUGUAGAUCAUAUAAAGUGUCAUGAAAAACGCUCAUGUAUGACAUGAUUUCCUAUGACACUGAAAACUUUGUGUAUUUUAUUAUGUCAUAAGAGUUCUAGAUAAAACUAAUUUUUGUAUGUGAUAAGUAUAGGAGUGAUCUUGGUAGGGAUCCUAAGAUCUUUAUAAUUAUUGUUGAUAAUGAUUAUUGUUGGAGGUAU